CCUCUCUCUCUCUCUCUCUCUCUCUCUCUCUCAUUACCGAAUGUAAUGAUUGCUUCCACCUUCACUCUCUCUGUCUCUGUGGGCAUUGCUUACUUGUGAUAUAUUUAAGAGCAGAUUGGCCUCUUCCCAUCCUUACUUAACAAUCCAUCUCUCUCCCACUUCUCUCUUCAUCAUCUCCAUAGAUUGCAGACCCAACAAUUCAAGCAGCUUCAGAUAUCUUCUCAUUUGCCCAAUGGAUUCUUCAACUACACAUCACCAGGAAAUGAUGGGAUCCGACCAAUCGCUGGAGAGCAUAUUGGCUGGACCGACAAAGUCUCAGCAAGAAGCAGCUAUGAAGAAGCCGAGGCCGCAGCACGAGCAAGCCUUGAAGUGCCCUAGGUGUGAGUCCACAAAUACCAAGUUCUGCUACUACAAUAACUACAGCCUCUCGCAGCCCCGCUACUUCUGCAAGUCCUGCAGGCGGUACUGGACCAAGGGCGGGACGCUGAGGAAUGUUCCUGUCGGUGGAGGCUGCAGGAAGAGCAAGAGACCAUCCAAACGAAUCACGAUCAACAGCUCCCAUCAGGACCAUCAGGAUCACCAGCAUUCUCAUCAGCUACAAGACCUGAUCGCUCUCAAUUCGUGCAACAGUCCGCUCGCUGCUCUCCACAACUUAGCAUAUGAAGCCUCGAACCCGAAUGAGAACUUCCACUUUCCACUGGCAUUUGCCCAUCAGCUUCACAAGCUCUCGAACGGGCAAUUCGAUGGACACGAUCUCGGGAUGGGCCACCAUCAGGGGUUCCUUGAGGCUCCAGGCAUGAACAAUCUCCAGGGCUUGUAUUACGGGCUCGGGGAUGGGGCCAUUGGAGAGGUCCAUAGUGACGGAGGAGUCAGUGGAGAGUCGAUCCUUCCAUUUGAGGAAACUAAGCAAGACUACUGCUCGGGCGAGAACAAGGUCUUGUUGGGCUGCCCAUGGCCGACAAACGGAGACGGGGUCAGCAAUCUGGGUGACCUAAGUUCGAUGAGGGGGAGCUUGAACAGUCUCGGGUUUGGUUCUUCUUGGCACAGCCUUCUCAACAGUCCUCUAAUGUAGAAUCUUUAAUUCCUUCAGUUCGGUCCGUGUUACUUUCAGCCCGUGAGAACAGAAGCGAAGUGGAAUGCAACUGCCGGAGAAAUCGGGCCACUAAUCCCACAUGGCUAUUCUAUUCCAUUCCGUUUCUAUUCUCGGCGCUUUAAUUUAAUUUCUUUCUAAAUGUACAAGUUUAGAGAAGGCGUCAUUGUUAGGUUUUUCUUCUAAAUCAGAGUUUGAGAGUACUUAGCCCUAAUCUUCAGCUAGUCCUCUAGAGGUUCAGACCAUCACAUGUGUGGAUCCUUAAUAUACAAUAUAUAUGAAUUAAUUUGUUUUCUUUUUCCCCCUUUA